CUCUUAUCGAUCCUGUUACCCUCCUCCCACGGAUCUUCGUCGAAUCGUUGCACGACGGUGAAACCGUCCCCCAUUCUGGCAUGUUUUCCGCUAUCCUGCGCGGCGUCUCGUCGGCCACGGCUCACAUUCCCUGGCUGAAGGACCUAAGCCUCAAUUUCAUCUUGAUUCAUUAUAUCUAUAUUAUAUCCAUGGCAAUUCUCUCCUCCAUUAUCCUCUAUCCCGGCAUGAACUUGAAGUAUAUCGAUGCUCUGUUCCUCUCCGCAGGCGCCGCCUCGCAGAGUGGGUUGAACACCGUGGAUCUCAACUUGCUCUUCACCUACCAGCAGGUCGUCCUAUACUUUGUUUCCAUGCUCACCACUCCCAUUUUCAUUCAUACUGCCCUGGUCUUUGUCCGCCUCUAUUGGUUCGAGAAACGGUUCCAGCAUGUCGUUCGGGACGCCCGAGCGCUGCGAUCCACCAGAUCGCGGAUGCGAACCAUGAGCCACGAUAAGAACGCCCAGACCCAUUCUGGAGAGGAAUCGGGAAUCAAUGGUCGCCCAAUCGUCGUACUACGCAAUAAUCCGGGGAACGCGACGGCAGGGGAUGCGCAAGAAGGUUCGUCCGGAUUGACAGACUCCACCGAGUCCGGGUCUGUUUCACCUACCUCUGGGGGGAGUAUUUCAAAACAACAGCCAGAGGAACCCCCCCAUGACGCCACUGGUGGCCUGCAACACACGUUGGGAAGCCUGCGUGUUCCUGCGCCACUUGGCCCCGAGCACCACAUCGCUUUCCUGGAGAACCAACGGAAAGGUACCCCCAGUGCGCUACGUAUCCCGAGCCCGCGAGAAUAUGAUCGCGGCGGCGUCCCUCAGCUGUUGGAAGAGGCGGAAGGGAGCAGGACGAAUCGUCGCACCAGCUAUCAGUCCGACGCACCACGGAGCCCGCGAAGUGUCGACGAGGACAAUGCCCCCCCCAUGGAAGGCCCACAUAUUACGAUCAAUGAGCCAGAUUUCCCGUGGGGAAGAACGAGGAACUUGACAUUCCCCCGGUUGGACACCCGCCCUACUGUCCGUGAGACCAAGGAUGGACGCGAACCAUCCAUCCUGAACCGCAUCCACACCAGACGCCCAACCUUCACUAGUAUUUACCGGUCGUUGACCCAGGAACGGGACCGGCCAACCCUGCCGUACCUGAGCUGGGAUGCGACGGUGGGUCGCAACUCAAACUUCAUUGAUCUAACCGAGGAACAACGUGAUGAGCUGGGAGGCAUUGAAUACCGCGCCUUGAAGACACUGGCUGUCGUGCUGAUCUCUUACUAUGUUUUCUUCCAUCUGCUGGGAGUCAUCUGCCUCUUGCCUUGGAUUAUGGAAACUCGCUGGGGUCAAGUUGUGACGGCUGCGGGACAAGGUCGUCCCUGGUGGGCUUUUUUCACCGCUGCCUCGGCUUUCAACGAUGUUGGAUUCACCCUCACUCCGGACUCUAUGAUGUCCUUCCAAGAUGCCAUCUUCGCUCUUCUUUUCCUGGCCUUUCUCAUUAUCAUUGGCAACACGGGAUUCCCGUGUAUGCUCCGCCUCAUUAUUUGGACGUUGUCGAAAAUUGCUUCCAAAGAAACUCCCCUGUGGGAAGAAUUGAAUUUCCUUCUGGACCACCCGCGUCGAUGUUUCACUCUUCUUUUCCCGCGAAAUGCGACCUGGUGGCUUUUUGCGAUCCUGAUCUUAUUGAACGGCAUUGACCUUAUAUUCUUCAUCAUCUUGGAUCUGAAUGAUCCGACGGUUACCACCCUUCCCACGGGGAUUAAAAUUGUGGACGGGCUCUUUCAAGCAACGUGCACCCGAACGGCUGGGUUCUCUGUUGUAAAUACCGCCGAUUUGCAUCCGGCCGUCCAGGUCUCGUACAUGAUCAUGAUGUAUAUUUCGGUUUUCCCCAUUGCGAUUUCGAUGAGACGAACCAAUGUGUAUGAAGAGAAGAGUCUGGGCGUUUAUCCCAACGCCGACGACGAGUUCAACGAGGAUGCUCAAACGGCGCCGAGUUACAUCGGAUUUCACUUGCGAAGACAGCUGAGCUUUGAUCUUUGGUACGUUUUUCUGGGCCUGUUCAUCAUUAGCAUUGUCGAAGGCGAUCGUAUAGAAAACGCAAGCCAGUACUCCUUCCAGAUCUGGACCGUGCUCUUUGAGGUCGUGUCGGCGUAUGGCACCGUCGGUCUUUCUCUUGGAUAUCCCGGAGUAAACGCGUCAUUUUCCAGCCAGUUCCGAGUGAUCUCUGUACUGGUGAUUAUCGCUAUGCAGAUCCGUGGGCGGCACCGUGGCCUUCCAUACAGCCUGGACCGUGCCAUCUUACUCCCGUCCGAGUCCCUCAACCAAAACGAAAUCGUGGAUGCAGAGCGGCGCAUGCGUCGACGUACCUCCAAUCUCAGCCAGAUGGGCGGCACGGUUGGACGGCGGCAGUCUCAAGCGUCGGAGAAUGCCGUCUCAACCGGCUUUGAUGCCAAUCCCUGGCCAAGCGUACCGGGCGAUCCAAUCACGCAUCGCCAUCUUACUAUCCAGUCCCAGCGGUCACACCGUUAAGGCCUUCAUUCAUGACCAACAUAUAUCUAUAGAUUUCAAGCGUUUAUGAGCGAUAGAUCUACUCUUCGAUUUGUGCGUUAUUAUAGUCUACUUUUUCUGACGGAUUCUCAUUCGCAUUACGCACCUACCCUUAGUUAGUUAACUAGUUAACUAGUUAGUUAGUCUACUAUAGUAUGACUAUGACAGGCUGUUGGCCGGUCUAUUCCCAAAAAGGAUGAUGCAUUCUGCGCCAUGCCGGAGUGACAGCUAUACGACGUAUCUCAGCGCUUACACGCGAAAGAUAUAGGUUUACUGGGCCUAAAAUCAGCCUGGAAUCUGAUCCAACUGGCAUUGAUACUAAACUAUGCGGUCCAAUUCAAGUGUGGUGAGACCAGCUGCACCGGCAUUUGGCCUUGUC